CAGUCAUAACCAUGAUCGUGCUGUGUCUGCUGUGUGCCGUGGCAACGGUGGUCUGGCCUGCCUCUGCGGCCCCCGUGGGCAACCUGGAGCCAGCGCAGAAUGAGGAGCUGACCCUGCUCUUCCACGGGGCCCUGCAGCUUGGCCAGGCCCUCAAUAGCGUAUACAGGGCCACAGAGGCACAGCUGAUAGAGGCCAGGCACAGCCUAGGCAUCUACGGCCAUGCACUGGGGCUACUGGGGCAAGACGUCAGCCAGGGCUGGGAUGCAGCCCAGGAGCUACGAAAAAGCUUGUUGGACAUACAGACAGAAGAAGAUGCUCUAAAGAUGCGGGCAGAAGCCAUGGCCCAUACGCUGAAGGAGGUGGCCCAGGGACAGCAGGUGCUGCAGGACAGCAUGCGGCAGCUAGAAGUCCGGCUG